UGUGACCCCGCUAUUGUCCGAAAUCCGCUGGGGGCGCUGAUAGUAACUUGGUCCACUUCUAUUAGUGAAGUGAGGUUAUUUUUGUCCGUUUUCCCAUUCUUGUCGUACGUGAUCGUGAUUAAAUGUGAUCAAAUGUUAUCGAACAUUAAAUCGCAUUAAUGUGUACAUGUGUGGAAUUAUGCCGCAUUGCAUAGCACCGGGUUGUACUUCUGGAUAUAAAUCUAAUCCGGAAAAAGUUCAUUUUUUUACUGUGCCUAAAGAUGAAAAUAUGAUAACUUUAUGGCAAAAUGCUAUACGAAGAAAAGACUUUGUGAUCCGAGCAGGACAGUUUCUUUGUGAAAAACAUUUCUUGCCUGAAGAUAUAUUGUGGAAACGAGAACUUACAAGUCCUGAUGGACAAGUACUCGGCGUUUCGCAUUAUAGACAACCAAGGUUGCGAAAAGGGGUCAUACCUUCGCAGUUUCCAUGGAUGGAAAUUUCUACAUCUGUAUCAUUGGAUAACUCGUUGCUGCAAGACACACCUUUUCAAGAAACAGUUUAUAAAUUUGAUGCACUACAUUGUACACGAAAUAAUUUACAAGAAGCAAGAUCGGAUGAGCCAUCAAAAUUUUCUUUUAUCAAUUUGAUUACUUGUGCUACAUUGCAAAUACCAAUAAACUGGAUCAGGCGUACUGUAACCUGCGAGGCAAUUACAAUGGAGUCAUUUACAAAUGUAAUGUGUCGAAAAAUUGGAAACAGUUUUGUUACUGUUAAUAUUAAAGAACUUAUUGUGCAAGAAAACUUGUGCCUCAAAAUCAAUGUGAUGUGCAAACCCUUUGAUGUUACCAGUUUGGUAUUUCCAGUGAUGCAAUUAGUAGCAUUGAAGACAUAGAGGCUGCAUUAAUUGCUUUGAAUUUAAAAAAUAUUUGUUGUGGAGCAUCUACAAAUAAUGUAUGUACACAUAAUUCAAGUAUCAGUUAUAUAGAUCAUUUUAACAUUCUACGACAUAAACAAUGUAUUGUACUUCUUGAUAACGAAAACCAAUGCACACAUUGCAAAAGGCUCUGUCAAACAUUAAAAAGAAAAAAACUUCGUUUGGAAAAACAACAAAAUAAAAGAAUUCGA